AUGGUUGCAACAGAGGGCAGGAUGGCUUCGCGACUAAUAAGUAUAGUGCCGGCCGGAUUAGUGCUCCUUUCGACAAUCUUGUUUGGAACGAUGAAAGGCGAGCGGGAUGGACUCUUCUCCCCAAUUCUCGGGCUUCUGAUCACAUCCCUGUUGAUUCUAGCGCUCACUGGCGGUCUGUGCGUCUUUCUUCCUGAAGCGAAACAAGAAUGGCCGAUUCUACUUGCCAGCACGAACUCACUGGCGGGGCUCUUUCUCUUCAUCGCUUGGGUAGUUUUCAUCGCAGCGAUGGCACAGGGCGGCCCAGUCAAGAUCCACCGGGAGCAGCGCGAGGAAUGUCUGCAACUGAUCACCGAAUGUUCGGAUCGUGCUGAAACGCGCUCCCUCAAUCAUCACUGCAAUGCUGCUAUGGCAUUUGUUACAAUCUCAGUUCUCGCUGUUGGAUUCGCUCUUUUCACACAAUGGCGCGAGGCCAGCAGCGAUGGCGAAGAAAAAGAAAGAGAUGACUACCUGGCGCCGCAGAAGAGAGAGCUCGAUUCGCCACGGCCGUCGCCGAUGAUCUGA